UCGUUGCGAUUUCAGUUGACAGGAGAAGAGCAUUCAUUGAGUAAUUCGAGUAACUGUGCUUGUGUUGUAAACACAGCGACGUAAAUAUUUUCUAUGGAGCUGUGAAUGACAAUACGAAAUACAGACAAUGCAUUUAUAUAUGUUAACUGUGAUUUUUCUCCUUAAUCGAUGCAGAGGUUUUUGGUAAAAGGCAUAAUGGAGCUGAACGGCUUCCACUGUGACGGCGAGGGAUGUGCGGAGGAGCAAGAGGAAGAACCUACAGCGCUCAGGCUGCCUCGAUCAAAGACGGAAACGUCCUGUAGCAUAAUUGCUACACCGGGUGCAGACAGCGCAGAGGCCGGCGGCAGUGCACUCCGAGAGCAGCGGAUGUCAAAAUCGACGCCGGCGAUGCUGAGGCUCGAUUCGCUGAAAAAGAACAGGCCGCGUAGCGUUCCCAUGGUUUGGCAUGGACAUUGGUGGCACAUUGGUGAAGCUGGUCUACUUUGAGCCCAAAGACAUUACAGCAGAAGAGGAACAGGAGGAGGUGGAGAGUCUGAAAAGCAUCCGCCGCUACCUCACCUCACACACCGCUUAUGGCAAAACAGGUAUACGAGAUGUUCACCUGGAGCUCUCUGACCUCACCCUUUGGGGCCGCAAGGGCAACCUACACUUCAUUCGCUUUCCCACGCAUGAGCUGCCUGCCUUCCUGCAGAUGGGCCGAGACAAGCAUUUCUCCAGUCUGCACACCACUCUCUGUGCCACUGGAGGUGGUGCAUUUAAAUAUGAAGAUGACUUCCGUACGAUGGCCAAUCUUCAGCUGUUGAAGCUGGAUGAGCUUGACUGCCUGAUAAAGGGGGUUCUGUACAUUGACUCGGUGGUCUCAAGUGGUCCACCUGAAUGUUACUAUUUUGAGCAUCCAACAGACCCUGAGCGCUGCGAGCAGAAGGCAUACAACCUGGAGAACCCCUAUCCUCUGCUGCUUGUCAACAUCGGCUCUGGUGUCAGCAUACUGGCUGUAUACUCCAAAGACAACUACAAGCGUGUUACUGGAACCAGUCUUGGUGGUGGUACAUUCCUUGGGCUGUGUUGCCUGUUGACUGGAUGCUCUACCUUUGAGGAGGCAUUGGCAAUGGCCACAGAAGGGGAGAGUACAUGUGUAGAUAAACUAGUCAAGGACAUCUAUGGUGGCGACUAUGAACGAUUUGGCUUGCCAGGAUGGGCUGUUGCCUCCAGCUUUGGCAACAUGAUAUGCAAGGAAAAGAGAGACGCGGUCUCCAAGGAGGAUCUGGCUAGAGCAACACUUGUCACCAUCACCAACAACAUUGGGUCAAUCACACGAAUGUGUGCACUCAAUGAGAACAUUGAAAGAGUGGUAUUUGUUGGGAACUUUCUGCGGGUGAACACAUUAUCCAUGAAGCUGCUCGCUUAUGCUUUGGACUACUGGAGCAAAGGACAACUCAAAGCCCUGUUCCUGCGACAUGAGGGCUAUUUUGGUGCGGUUGGUGCACUUUUGGAGUUACCAAACCCAUCCUGAUCUGCUACUCAAUCUUAGUUCACAGCUUUUACCAAAAGACAGAAAUAUUUAUGCAAACAGACCAAAAUUGCCUUCAAAUAAUCAGCCCAUGCCCUCAACAAUGCAGACCAAGCUCUGACAUCUUAUUAAUACCAAAACUCAUCAAAAUACCACCAAAUCACUGUGGUACAUUGCACUAUUUUUAAGGCACAGCCAUCAUUUACUCAAAAGCAAGCUGAUCAGUCAAGCACUUUGCUCAUUUUGCUCUCUUGUGUAUGUAACUGAUGCAACAUAAAUGCAAAAUUACUAAAUAUAAUUUUAGCUGAAGAUGUCGCAGUGAGUUCAGAAUCAGAAUUUCAUGAAUGUUAAGUAGCUCCUAUUAUGUUUGUAGAGAAACAGUGUUGUUUUGACAAUUUUUGCAUAACUGUGUGAGAGAGAAAGGGACCAGGCAAAACUUUGACCUAUUUUCAGGGAAGGGAACAAAAACUUUUACACUAUGGAUAAAUCUCUUUAAACCUGAGAACUGUUUCUUCUUCUUCUUCUUUGGAAUAACUUUGGUGUCCCUGUUGCAUAAACCAACACUGAACCAACAUGUGUUUUGUUGCCUUCUCUUUAUAGUUUGUGUGUUACUUGCUAAUUGCUCAAGUCUGUAUAAAUAAUAGACAGUUUGUUCCUAGACCAGUAAAUAAGAAGUGCCUAGCGUUUUGUGUUUAAAAUAUGGAAAACAAGUAUUGUUCUUCAACAAAAACGUCUUUGUAAAAAAAAAAGAAGAAAAAAAAGGAUUGUCAUUUUUUUGUAAUAAAAUAUAUAAAUCACAAUAUAAAAA